UUUAUUAGGAUUAUCGAUGUAUUCGGGGACUGUCUCUUUAGAGAUGGUUCCUUGUGAAGCUGACGACGAUGUCACGUGACGUCACCCUGCCAGAGGACAGGCGUUGUUCUCCGCACAGGAGGCUGAAGCGGGUCCGGUCCUGCAGGUCCAGAUCAGGAGCGCUCAGCUACAGGCCGACAUGAGACAGUGAGAAGCGGAACCAGACCCGGAAUCAUCAGCGAUCGCCAUGACGACGCAGCCUUAGUGCUCAGCAUCCGCAUCCUCAGCAUCAUCCGCGGCUCAGGUGCGCCGUCAGUCCGUCAGCCAGGAUGGAGUUCAAAGAGCUGGUGGACACCGCCGAGAAAUGGUGCUCCGGGAAUCCGUUCGACCUGAUCUUCGCCGAGGACGUGGACGAGAGGCGGCUGGACUUCUACGCCGAGCCCGGGAUCUCGUUCUACGUGCUCUGCCCGGACAAUCUCACCGGAGGAACCGAUAAUUUUCACGUGUGGAGUGAGAGCGAGGACUGUCUGCCGUUCCUGCAGCUCGCGCAGGACUACAUCUCCUCCUGCGGGAAGAAAACUCUGCUGGAAGUGCUGGACAAAGUCUUCAGAUCCUUCAGGCCUCUCCUGGGUCUUCCAGAUAUCGACGAUGACACAUUCGAUCAGUAUCAUGCAGACGUGGAGGAGGAACCAGAGCCAGACCACCAGCAGAUGGGUGUGAGCCAGCAAUAAUGCCCAGCAGAGAGGCUCGGCGCUGGGCCACAGUGUCUGCAUCCAGCCCCUCUCUCCUAACCUUACUCACCUGGCUCUUCUUCUUACAGCACACACACAAACACACACACUGCAUCCUCACACCCUUUAAAAUCUGGACAGCUCUUCCUGCACCCUGAUUUCAUCAUUCUGACCAGUAUUAUUCCUCAUUAACCUACUCAAACAGAGACAAAAGAAAUAUCCCAUUCCCGGCUUUCGUAAUGCUUUUUUUUUUUUUUUUUUUUUCUCAAUAAUCUGGAGGCAGCAGGUUAGAAACUUACGGCGUGCUGCCGCAUCGUCACAUGACCUCAUUGCAUGUUUAAUUCGGCGUCAGAAAUGACGGUAGGAUGUUUCGCAUCUUAAUUCCCGACCGUGUGAUCAAAGUGUAAAAGUUGCAAUCGGUAUCACAUCCUAUUCGUCCAUCAGAUUGGAAAUAGAAGGUAAAUGCUGCGUAUUUUGAUAAAAGCUUUAGGGCAGGUAUUCCACGCAAAGACUACAAUUUACGUGGAAGCUAAUAAAAGUAGUGUGCCGUUCUGAACAUAACACUGUUGAGUUGAAGUCGAAUAAUUAAUGCGAGUCACUUUUUAUGUGCACUAACGAUUCGUUCACAAUUAGACCGGGAACGUGCAUCCAGAAAGUAAAUGGGUUAUUUUGUUCAUGUAGUGAAUCUAGACGUCCAUUGUGGAUUUAUUGUACCCUCGAAUAACACAUUCUCCCCGGAUCUUGUCUUCGUAUUGAAACGCGCUAUAAAUCACUCCAAAAUAUCUGCUAAGUGACAAAUAACCAAAGCUGACCGCGAGUGCGUACAAGGCAUCUGUGUUUAGGCGUCAAAUGAAACACGAUCGGAAGGUAAGGUUUAAUUAUCGCUGAUUCAGAAGUGAUGAGGUUAUUGUGUUUUCAGGGUGGGUGGAGAUGUUUAAACAGACCCUUGAUUAAUCCUCUCUUUGCCUUUACUGUCUUUUGAUUGUAUUAAUCAACAUCCUCUGAGUUAAGAAAGGUCAACUCCAGAGUUUAACCACGGAAAGGUCUAUCUAAAAUAAAGGUUCUUCUUCGCUUCUUAUCUCUUAUCGAGAUCCAUUUCUGGUCUCGUAGGCUUUUUGGGUUGAUGUAGAUUUCUUUAAAGGUGCUCCGUACAAUUUUUAAAUGCAGUAUCAUCACGUACGUAUUUAAAGACAUAGGGACCUAUCAUAAACCUGCUGUAAUGCAGUGCAAGGCGUGUUUCAAGCAAUCAUUUCAAGCCUGAUGCAGUUAUUAUUUUUACAUGUUGUUUAAAUACCGAAUGCAUCUGGUCGCCCACAGGCAUGCCGGUCUGAAAACGAGGUGUGUACAGGUGCAUUGUUGGUGCGUUGCUAUUUUGAGGCGCCCGAAAACAAUCACGCCUUUGACCAACUAAAAUCUGGUCUAAAGUCAAUAGCGCAGUGUUUUUUUGGGGCAUGCUCGUGUUAUGCAUCACAUGCCAAAUACUAAAAGUGAAAGGAUCUAUAUUUAAAAGAUUAUUGUCGUGUACGCUUUAACCUCGUGCACGAGCAGAUCCGACGUGGCUCGAGCGCGCUGGCUUUUAAAGGGAAUGGGAGACGAGACUCUGAUUGGUUUAUUCCACGUUAUGACUAAAACAUACCCAUGGCUCAUUAAGAGAAUAGGUACAACCUAUCAAAGGGUAAAACCUUUGCUAAAAAGUAGCUAAAAUGUAUUCAGACACCAUGCACUAUUAUAUCAUUAAAAUAGGGCCAAGUAUGUUUAAUUAUUCUGGCAGUCGGACGUGUUUGUUAGUGUAUGUUAGCCACGCCCUUUGAAACCUAUGCCCCUCCCCGCAUUUAUAAUGAGACUGAGAGCCACCUCCCACUAUGCUCUGUAAAAGCGCAGCAUGGAGCUUUCUAUUAAACUACAUCCACGUGCCCUGUUUUUAUAUUUGCAUAGACCUCCACAUUAAAAAGCUACUCUUUUGUUUUUAAAAUUAAACUUAAGAUUUAAGUUUUAAGCACCUUUAAAGAAAUGUUUUUUUUAAAGCACUAGAUCAGUUGAAAUGUUCCUGUACAACCCUAUCAUGAGAACCUUUAUUUUAAGAGUAGGCUCAUAUAUCUCAGCUGAUUCGGGUGACUGCUGUGUGACGGUCAUGUGACUCGAUGGGACCUGUUUAAAGCAUCCUUUAUCUGCUGUCAUCUCGACGGACGCGACGGACGAGCUCGGCAGAGGGACGGGAUGUUUCUUCAGGACAUACUGUAUGUGAAUUACACACGUGGCCGCUAAACUUCCACUGUCUUCUGCUUCCAUAGUGUCUUCCUGCACAUGCCCAGUCUACAGUGACGCGUAGAGAUGAAUUAUACCAACAGUGUGUUACAGAGAUCAAUGCUGCUGUUUUUCUGUCUUUAUGUAGUUAUGUAAGCUCUGUACCAGAUUGUGAUAUCUUUUCUUUUUUUUUUAUUUGACUGUUUAUUUAUUUGUCCCGGGGUCUAAACUAAUUUUCAUUUCUUUUGCUUGACCGUUUAUGUAGCUUAACCUUUCAAAAAUGCAUUUCUUUUGUUUAUAUGUAUACUUUUUUUUCCACCUGUGUUUAUUGUGUAACAGUUAAGGCUUUAUACUGGAUUUGUGAUUUCUAUUUUAUUUGUUAUUUAUUAAUAGCUAUCGGAUGUUUAUUAUCAGUUUACCUGUUUAUGAUUUAUUUAUUUACUCUUCUGUGUGUGUAAAUCCAUUUGUGGAUGAUAUUUCUGUCACCUUUAUAACUAAUGAUUUAAUUUCUAAAAAGAUUGUCCAAAUCUUACAAUGUGGUAACUGGAAAUAUUGUUAUUGUUUUUAGAUGAAUAUUGAUCAGCCUGUCUAGAGUCAUUUAGAAUUAAACUGGAGUACAAUUCGUUUGGAUCAGCAUGUGAUGUAACCUGAAAUUCAACAAUUAAAUUUUAACCAUAUGAGUGUA